CUGAGCCUCCAUGAUCGGCAGAAUGGAAAUCCAAUGAAUGAGAGGGGCGGGGCCAGGGAAAGUCAUGCUUUGGAGGAAAGCGAGGAGCCAGUACAACUGUGCAAGACUGGAGGGGAGGAGUCAGUACAACUGUACAAGACUGGAGGGGAGGGGUCAGUACAUCUGUGCAAGACUGAAGGGGAGGAGCCGGUACACCUGUGCAAGACUGAAGGUGAGGUGCCGGUACACCUGUGCAAGACUGAAGGGGGGAGGAGCUGGUACACCUGUGCAAGACUGAAGGGGAGGAGUCGGUACACCUGUGCAAGACUGAAGGGGAGGAGCCGGUACACCUGUGCAAGACUGAAGGGGAGGAGCCAGUACAACUGUACAAGACUG